AUGGCAGUCACUCAGAAAUUGUAUCCUCGGGGCACCGUCAAGCGCAUCGUCAAGGCUCACUCCAACCGCAACGUGAGCAAGAAUGCAGAUAUCCUGAUCUUUCUCGACUACAUGCUGUUCAUGCAAGAACUGAUGCGCGAAGCCUCGAUUCGGUCGCGAAAGACCGGGGAGAAGAACAUCUCGGCCAACUCGGUGCGCAAGGUUACAGAGAAAACCCUCCGCAAGUUCCAAGGGUGA